ACCACCCACAACAACCUCUCCGAUGACACCCGUGUUCAACGAGCCCUUCAACAUCGAUGGCUUCCGGUUGACGUGGCCCGCCGAGCAGUUCCGGCACAAGGGGCCCACGGCUCUCGACGAAAUUCGCCGAGAGCCACCGGUGAACGAGACGCCGCAAUUUGGCUUCACUACGGGUCGCCGAUUCACCGGCUUCCCGGUGCUAUCUAUGGCUUUGGCACCGAUGGUGCGGCUGGGCGCGAACAACGUGUCGAUGUUACCCCCGGGGAACCAUCCGUAUGCGGCCUUUGCCCCGGAUGCCCCCUGGGAGAUCUCCUACGAUGGCGUGCUCUACCUCGACCAGGCGACCCUCAUCUACUCGAUGGUUUGGCACGCGAUGACUGCGAGCUUGUCGGAACUCCACCACACCAGCGUCGAAGAACGGCUCAAUCGUCGUGGUUGGUGCUUGUUUUCCAUCGCUGUUCAUCGCUUGUCACUCAACUAUAGCUACAUCUCGUGGAUCUCAACAUUUCUGCGACUCAUCGCGGAUGCCAUCGUCGACUGUGCUUGGGCGAUGCUGCCGCCGAACAUGAGGAUCUACUUCGCGGGACACCCCGACAUGGCUCCUCACUUUGCGGCCGAGCCCCCGAGCUACCUCAUCAGGCGUAGGAACUGA